CGCUGGGCUGGGCAAGGAUGUGGCCUGAAAUUGUCUAUGUCUGACGUGGGAGAGCAGAGGCCACUUGUCCUUCGCCUCCCUAGGUCCUCUUGUUAUCACCAGGCUGCAGAGGUCAGAUCAGGCUAAGGGCCUGGGGAUGCCCCCUGCCUGGCCCCCUUGCCUGAAUUUGGCAGGGGGGCCAGGCAGCAGCCCCCCUUCUCACCCCAGCCAUGGAUCUUCUACCCCCCAAGCCGAAGUACAACCCUCUUCGAAAUGAGUCUCUGUCAUCGCUGGAGGAGGGGGCUUCAGGGUGUACCCCCACAGAAGAGCUGCCUUCCCCAUCAACCUCAUCCCUGGGACCCAUUCUGCCUCCUCUGCCGGGGGACGAUAGUCCGACUACCCUGUGUUCCUUCUUUCCCCGGAUGAGCAACCUGAAGCUGGCCAAUCCUGCUGGGGGGCGCCUGGGGCCUAAGGGGGAACCAGGAAAGACUGCUGAAGAUGGGGAAGGGAAUGCAGGGGCAGCCCUUCGGGACUCAGGCCUCUUGCCCCUCCUCCAGGACAUGAACAAGCUGAGUGGAGGCGGCGGGCGCAGGAUUCGAGUAGAAGGGGGCCAGCUGGGGGGCGAGGAGUGGACCAGACACGGGAGCUUUGUCAAUAAGCCCACACGAGGCUGGCUGCAUCCCAACGACAAAGUCAUGGGACCUGGGGUUUCCUACUUGGUUCGGUAUAUGGGUUGUGUGGAGGUCCUACAGUCAAUGCGAGCCCUUGACUUCAAUACCCGGACGCAGGUCACCAGGGAGGCCAUCAGUUUGGUGUGUGAAGCCGUGCCUGGUGCCAGAGGAGCAACAAGGAGGAGAAAGCCCUCUAGCCGCCCACUCAGCUCCAUCCUGGGGAGGAGUAACCUGAAGUUUGCUGGAAUGCCAGUCACCCUCACUGUGUCCACCAGCAGCCUUAACCUCAUGGCAGCCGACUGCAAACAGAUCAUUGCCAACCAUCAUAUGCAAUCUAUCUCAUUCGCAUCUGGUGGGGAUCCGGACACAGCCGAGUAUGUUGCCUACGUUGCCAAAGACCCUGUAAAUCAGAGAGCCUGCCAUAUCCUGGAGUGCUCUGAAGGGCUCGCUCAGGAUGUCAUCAGCACCAUCGGUCAGGCCUUUGAGUUGCGCUUCAAACAGUAUCUCAGGAAUCCACCCAAACUGGUCACCCCCCAUGACAGGAUGGCUGGCUUUGAUGGCUCGGCUUGGGAUGAGGAGGAAGAAGAGCCACCUGACCAUCAGUACUAUAAUGACUUCCCAGGGAAGGAACCCCCUCUCGGCGGGGUGGUAGACAUGAGGCUUCGAGAAGGGGCUGCUCGACCCACUCUGCCCACUGCCCAGAUGCCCAGCCACUUGGGAGCUACACUGCCUGUAGGGCAGCAUGCUGCAGGAGACGCUGAUGUCCGUAAGCAGAUGCUGCCUCCAUCACCUUGCCCAGGCAGAGAGCUCUUCGAUGAUCCUUCCUAUGUCAACAUCCAGAAUCUAGACAAGGCCCGCCAAGCUGGAGGUGGGUCUGGGCCUCCCAAUCCUUCUGUUAAUGGCAGUGCACCUCGAGACCUCUUUGACAUGAAGCCCUUUGAAGAUGCCCUCCGGGUGCCUCCACCUCCCCAGUCCAUGUCCAUGGCUGAGCAGCUCCAAGGGGAGUCCUGGUUCCAUGGGAAGCUGAGCCGGCGUGAGGCUGAAGCCCUGCUCCAGCUCAACGGUGACUUCUUGGUGCGAGAGAGCACAACCACUCCUGGCCAGUACGUGCUCACUGGCCUGCAGAGUGGGCAGCCCAAGCACCUCCUUUUGGUGGACCCUGAAGGUGUGGUUCGGACAAAAGAUCACCGCUUUGAGAGCGUCAGUCACCUCAUCAGCUACCACAUGGACAAUCACUUGCCCAUCAUCUCCGCGGGCAGCGAACUGUGCCUACAGCAACCCGUGGACCGGAAAGUGUGAUCUUCAGUCUGUCCUGGAUGCCCUCCACCCCUUCCACUGCGUCCUCUAACUCCUGGGACCUCUGUUUGUGCUCACCUGAGACAGGGAAUUUUAGUUAGGAACCUGGGGUAGCAUCCUGCUUCUGCCCAAACUUCACCAAAGUAUUAAUGUACAGAGUGGUCCCUUGCCUGGGCCUUGUCUGUGCCAACCUGAUGCCCUUUCCCCCAAAGGGUAGGUUCUUAAAAUGGAGAAAGACCCAGUGGAGCAAUUGCCCUUUGGGGGAAGGGAAGUAAUCAUACCUCUGGUUUACCCCUGGUCUUCAGGGUACCCCAGAUCCCUCUUAACAUAUCCUAUUCCCUAUGCAUCCCUUACAACUUUGUGCCUUUGACUAUCUCCUAGGUCUGCAGAUACUUUAUGCAAAGAGUUCUCAGGCCCUUCGUGUGGAUAAGGGUUGCUGACGCCUUGGCUCUGGAACCCUGUUGUGCUCAGCACCCCUUUCUGUGUUUGGGAAGAAUAGGGGCAGGAGUGGCAGCUAUCUCCUCUGCCUUUUGGUUGUGCAGCCCUUAAGAGAUUGCCCCAAGCUGGACUUGGUGGCACAUGCCUUUAAACCGCACUUAGGAGGCAGAGACAAGAAGAUUUGUGAGGCCAGCCUGGUCUGCAACAAAGUUAGUUCCAGAACAGUCAGGGCCAUGUAAAGAGACCCUGACUCCAAAAACCAAAAAGAAAGAGACAGAGAGAUUGCCUCAGAGCCCCCUCCUGGUGGUGGAGGGGUGGGGGGCAGGUUUGGACCCCUCCCUUGCUCAGUGCCUCCUGGCCUUGAUCCCUUUCUCCAAGGGGUCUAUACAUUUUUUAAGCCUGCCCCUCCCCUGUUUGCAUGUGUGUUAUAGUCUCCAGCCAAAGUGUAGCCCUUCUUCCGGCAGCCCCAUCCACUCUUUUGGGAUGGGGGUGUGUGACUGACAUGGGCCUCCAGGAUGUGUACAGUUAGCCUCCAGGUGGGUUCUGUGGAGGCUUUGAGACCGAAGCAGUAGACAAUCCCCAGUACUAUUGGUAGGUCUGGAACUGCACUUUUUUUUUUACGCGCAUACAUUUUAGGGCUGUAGAUUUAUUUUCCUGGUUUUGUUUCUGUUGCUUACUUUUGGGCACAAAUUAUGAUAGUCGAUUUCAUUUAUAUAUCACCUCGUUGAGUUUUCCAAGCCUUUUUUUUUUUUUUUUUUUUACAACUGUUGAGAUUUUACUCGAUCAGGCCUAAAAGUAUGUAAGACAGGAUUGAUUUUUCUUAUUCCUCAAGAGAACGGAGAAGUUUGGUUAAAUGGUGUUGUGGGGUCAUGAUGUGAAAUCUUACUUAAGAUCUUACCUUCCACUUGCGGGCCAAUGCAGCCAGGACAGAAAUCUUGCGAGCUCACUCUGUAGGCCUUGUGAACAAGGGGGGUCGACUGGUUUUUGGUUUUUAGUCUUUGCCAUCGCCUAUUUUUGGUUUGGAUGUCUUAUACCAAAGGGAAAUAGUCUUCAUUAAAGUCCUUAUUUCUUCUA